AUCUCUUCCUUUUAAACCCAACCAUGGCUACGCUACGCAGCAUCACAGCCUAUAUCCUCUCUUCACCCCCUCAACCCAAGAAACCCAACUCACCGUUGAUAACUCUCUCACUUUCUUCUUCUCAGCUUUUCACCAAAUCAAACAUAUCUCUGAAUUCAACAUUCUCAACAAUAAAGACAUCCAAUUGGGUCGUUAAGUCUGUUACAGAAGAGAAAGACACGGUCGCAGCACAGAAUAGAGGUUCAAUUGACCAAGAGGACGAGUUGAAGGGUCCAGUUGGAAGAAAAUUGGAAAAUGAUAACCGUGCAUUAUCUGAUGGGUCUGAUGAUUCUGAUAGAUUUUUGGGCAGAGCAAUUAAUGCUGCCAUUGUUCUAGGUGCUGGUACUCUUGCAAUCACCAAGUUGCUCACCAUUGAUCAUGAUUAUUGGCAUGGGUGGACCCUUUAUGAGGUGUUGAGGUAUGCGCCGGAACACAAUUGGACUGCUUAUGAAGAAGCUCUUAAAAUACAUCCGGUAUUAGCCAAAAUGGUGAUUAGUGGGGUUGUCUACUCUUUAGGAGAUUGGAUUGCACAAUGUUAUGAAGGAAAACCUCUUUUCGACUUUGAUAGGACUCGCAUGUUCAGAUCAGGCCUUGUUGGGUUCUCUCUCCAUGGAUCCCUUUCACAUUAUUACUACCAGUUUUGUGAGGCUCUAUUUCCUUCCACAGAUUGGUGGGUGGUCCCUGCAAAAGUUGCUUUUGACCAAACUAUUUGGGCAGCAGUUUGGAACAGCGUCUAUUUUGUGGGUUUGGGGCUUCUGCGUUUGGAGUCCUCCGCCGCUAUUUUUUGUGAACUGAAGGCAACAUUUUGGCUCAUGUUGACAGCAGGGUGGAAGCUCUGGCCAUUUGCUCACCUGAUCACUUAUGGGGUGAUUCCUGUAGAGCAAAGGCUUCUUUGGGUGGACUGUGUGGAGCUCAUAUGGGUCACUAUACUCUCAACAUAUUCGAAUGAGAAAUCAGAAGCUCGAAUAUCUGAGGCAUCGCUGGAAGCAGAGUCCAAUUCUUCAUCAAGAAGUGGACAGGAGCAGAACUCAGCCAUGGUUUCUCCAACUCUGAUCACUCCCACCACCUCCACACCAAAACCUCUCCCACCCACCAGAUCAAAACUCACCACUCCAACCUCUUCCCCUCCAAAUGUCAUCACGGGUAGACUACAAACCAGUCGCCGGAAGUUUUUAUCACUCACCGCUGGCACUGUAUUACUCCAACCAGUCACGCCUGCAUGGGCUGCUUCCGACGAAGAGUACGUGAAGGAGACCGAAGAGGUGAUCAACAAGGUCAGAACCACCAUAGCCAUGGAGAAAACGGACCCUAACAUAGCAACUGCGGUGGCCGAACUGAGAGAGAGUUCAAAUUCAUGGGUGGCUAAGUAUAGGAGAGAGAAGGCUCUGCUUGGCCGGUCUUCUUUCCGGGAUGUUUACUCUGCUCUGAACGCCGUUUCCGGUCAUUAUAUUAGUUUUGGACCGACGGCGCCGAUUCCGGCGAAGAGGAAGGCUAGGAUCUUAGAAGAAAUGGACACUGCAGAGAAGGCUCUGAUAAGGGGAAGAUAGAAGAAGUUACUUAAUACUUACUAUGGAUGGUAGAUUUUUAUUUUUGGAUUUAUUGUGAAUGUCCUAAUUAUAAUUUUGCUGAGUUUUGGGGUUUUGGUAAUACAACGAGGUUCUUUGGAUAAUUAGGAGAUUAUAGCUAUUUAAGGAAGAGCAAUGUUAUUAAAAGUUAAUUUGAAAUCUAAUUGUUGAUCUAAUAUAUUAAUUAUUAGAUU